AUGGCUCCCAGCUCGGCAUCACAGCAUGCGGCGGACGACAAGAAUCAGAAUGGAGAUGGAGAUGGGGACCGUGUGAGGGAAAGGGACUUUUACGCCGUGCUGGAGGUGGACUGCCUGGCCCCGCUGGCUGCGAUAAGGGAGAGUUACAGGCGGCUGGCGCUGCGGUGGCAUCCGGAUAAGAAUCGCGGCAGUCCUGAGAGGGUGGAGGGUGCGACGAAGAGGUUUCAGGAGUUGGGGAGAGCGUGGGAGUGCUUGAGGGAUGACGGAAGAAGGAGGGAGUAUGAUUGUGAGAGGGUGCGGGUGGGAAAGGCUUCCUCGACGGAGAGGUGGUGGGAGGCUUCCAGGAAUUCGAAGAGAUGUAGGGGGGAUGGUGAGGGGGCUGGGGGAGGGUGGUAUGAUGAGUUUGAAAAGGAUGAGGAGUUGGGGAAACGGGCGAGGAGGAGGAGGGGGGAUCUUGAUCGCGAGGCGAGCGAGAGGUGGAGGACGGAGAGCGCGGGCGCGAGUGCGAGUGCGAGUCCUUUUUUUAGUGAGGAAGAGUUGCAGCAAAAGUUAUUCGCUGAGGAGGUUACUAGGAGAGCAAAAGCAGUGGCUUGGAAGGUUUUAGGGAAGAGGGAGUACCAGUUGAGACUUCAGAGCUGGAUGAAGUUUAGGGAGCAGCGAUUCGGCAAGAUCCAGGAAGUCAGGAAGUCACUCGGGAGGUACGAAAGGAAUUUAGAGGCCCAGGAAAAGGAGACGGAGGAUGAUGUUGGGAAGGUAUUUCAGGAUGCUAUCGAGAAGUCACGGGAGGAGGGGUGCGAGUUCCAGGACCACGAUGCCAUUCUGGCCAGAUUGCUAGAUGCCAGGGAGAAGUAUUCGGGGAGGCUGAGGCAGAGCAUCGCGCAACAUCGACAGGAGCUCGAGAAUCUGUACCGAGAACUGGAGCGGGACAGCCAGAGGUACGAAGAAGUGGAAGCGAAAGCUCGAAGGAUACGCAUCCGAGAAGCAUUGGAGUUGCUGGGACCGCGACAUUUGAGUCCUCCGCUGUUCUGUGUUCUUGACCGAAGAGGACUUGCUAUCAACCACUGGAAGGCCCUAUCACGGAUCAAAGAAGCAGCCAGAUACCCUUCGAUGUGGGAUCUCGCUGAGGGGCCCUGGCAUGUCUCUGGCGAUUGGGAACGUGUUGCGGGGGAGCACACAUGUGGUCGAUGCCAGGACAGAGCGUUUCACGUGAUUGCCUCGUGUGGACCGGCGAGAUGCCCGAGAUGCGGGAUGAUUGUGUGCAACGAUUGCUAUCGCGAUUUGAAGUUACUGCAGGAGUACGGCGAGUGGAUGAUGAGUGAGGAGGGAGAGAUGCAAGAUUCUCUGUUUUGUCUUGAUGCGGAUUUGAGCGCUGGGUAUGGAUCUGGAUCUGGGUCGGGGUCUGGGUCUGUGUAG